UUUUUAUUUGUUGUGCUCUGUUUGGUGUGUGUUGUGUAUCACUCAGCAAUACAUUAAAUUUAAUUUAAUUAAAAUUUGGCGGCUUGCAAGUUAUAUUCACCAAAAAGUGUAUUAAAAUAAAUAAGAACUAUCAAGAAUAUUGUGAAUUUGAAAAGAUUGCCCCUCAUUAUCUAUUGUUUCUAACAAAAGGAAGUUGAAUAAAUCAUGUCAGCCAAGACUUCCAACAAUCAACAAGGUCGUCGUACCCCAUUGUCACUAAGUGGCAGUGUAGCCAAGGGUGGUCCAACCAAUAAUAAUAACAGGGGUGGUGGGGGCAACUCUACCAAUGGCCAUGGCGGCAACAAUAGCAAACAGGACAAUAAGAAUCAGCAUAAUCAUCAACAGAAGACUGAACAACAACAGCAAACUAAUGCCCAAAAACAACAGCAGCAAACGACUAACCAAAAACAGCAGCCACAACAAGCUGACUCUAAGGAAAAUCCUGGCAAGAUGCAAAAUAAUAAACAAACUCAAAAUGAAUCAAAAAUUCCCAAGCCCCAGAUAGCAGGACAUGCUGCUAACUCGGAUAACAAUAAACAAAAACAGCAGCAAAAUGAAACUAAAAAGAAUACAGAGAAACAACAAAAUGGCGUGAGCACUCCAAACAAUAAUCAACAACAACCAGCAUUAGCUAAUAAGGAUAAGCCGGCCAACAAUGCUAGCGAAGGAAAAGCUAAUGAAAAGGACAAGAAAGCAGAGACAUUGGAUAAGAACAACAAGACAGAGAAUGAAGGAAAAGGAAAAGCCAAUCAGCCGGAGAAAACUGUUGAGAAGAGUGACGAUAAGAAUGAGGGUGCACAACAUGCUAAAACAGAGGAGAAAAACGAGACUCCCAAAGCCUCGGCUAAAGCUUCUGCUAAAACAGAGGAGAAAAAAGAGACCCCUAAAGUCUCGGUUGAAAACAACACUUCCAAGAACCAGAAAAACGAUGUCGAAAAAAUGGAAAUUGUUGAAGAUGAACCAAAAGCUUCACCAGCAAAACCCAAAUCUCCCAAAACUCCAAAGGAUACCAGCAAGACAAAUACACCCAAUAAAACUCCUAAUAAGCCAGCGGACAAAACUCCCACAAAGGCAACUACUACUGAGGCCACGCCCACAAAAGCCGCUGAGAAGGUAACACCCAAAUCAAAGCCCACCAGACGUGAGGUAACCACAGCCAUUGAUGAUGUUGAAAUGGAACCACUGACUGUGGAUCAAUCACCAACAAAAGUGGAGGCACAGGAAUCAAUUCCUGCCAGCUGCAACACUGUGUUGGCACCAUCGGCUACCUCAACCCCGGGUAAAAUGGUUUUGCCCAAACGCAAUGCUGCAGCCCCAAAAACCGAUGUGCAAUUAGCUAUGCAAUCCUCCAGCUCACCUGAACAUGCUCGCGUCUUUUCACAAAUUUCUGGUCGACGUUCUAUACGACCCAUUACCGACUAUACCCCUUCGAAAUUUCAAAGUAACCCCCAAUUCAGGGAAUCAUACAGACGUAUUAAUACUGAGCUAGAUGCUACCAAUACCAGUUUAAAUGUCACCGUGGGCUCUGAAGUACCCAAUAAUUCUUCGUUCUCCUUCUUUGGAAGUGGACGCAAACGCGAUCGCACUCCCCCUCACCAUCUUUCGCAAUCGGCCAUUGGUGAGCUUCAAACCGAUAUGGAAAUAUCGCCACCAAAGCGAGCGCGUUUAGAUUUCUUCAGUGUGGUCUCCUCGCCUUUGACACUGCUGCGUAAUCGUUUCUCCAGAGCAAGUCUUCAAAGUAGCACCCCAGUUAAGCUGCAAAAGAAGUUGGAGGAAAACGAAGACGAGGAUAUUGAGGUGCAAAAUGUCUCAGGAGUAUCAGUGCAUGAGGAUAUAGAAAAACCGGAAACUGGCAAGGAAGAUAACGCUGAGGAGGGUGAUACCACCUUGGGAGUGGAGGCAGAAGCUGCUACUACAUCUGCCGCCGAUACCACCCCCAUUGAGGGAGAAUUGGAAAUUGCUGAUAAUGGCGAAAAGGAAUUACCUAAGAAAGUUGGCUCCCAACAAACAGGAUCAGAGGACAGUGAUAUCAAAAUAACAGUUACCGAUACAGCUGCUAAAAAUAAGAGAUGUGUUGUUAUGUAAAAUGUAAAUUUAAUUCGUUUUGGUUAAGUGUUUUAUGUAAGUCCAUCUAUCCUUAAGUACUGCCCCCAUAUGCGUAACUUUUGUCUUCUUUCAUUGCUAUUUUGUAAGAAAGUUUAAAAAAAAUCAAAGUACAUUAAUAAGAAAAUGUAUUUUUUGGUAUUUUUUUCAAAAUACAGAUUUAAAAUUUUCGGGUUUUUAUUUUCUGCAAGGUGAAAAUAAGUUUUUUUUUUAUUAAAAGACCCUAAAGAAAACAUUUCCAUAAUUUGACUUUUCUUUUAAGGAAAAUAAUUAAAAACUAUUCUCAUGUCUGUUCCUUAUUAGGGAACAGCACUGACAAAUAGUUUCAAGUUUUGUUUUUUGAAAAAAGCUUUUAAUUCGAAAAAGUUAUAGAUUUUUGGAAUUUUUAUCUUUUUUCUACCACCCUCAACCACAAACAAACAGUAGCAGAGUUUUCAUUAGAUUUUUUAAAACCCAAUGUUCUAUCAUUCACUAAAGUCUUAUAUAUGGUUAGUAUUUAUUAGUGUCCAUAUUGAAAAGAAUGAAAAAAUACAAAUUUUAUGUUUAUAUUUAGUAUCGAUUUAUAUCAAUAUAAGGUACAAAACAAAAACAUUUAUUAAAUAAAAAUUUAACCAUAAAUGAAUGCGUAUAUGCUUUUUCUUAGGUGUUUAUUAAACUCCUUUAAUUUGCAUAUUAUGUGAGACAGUUGUCGUUAUUCACACUGUUAUUGUAUCUCAUAGUCCCCCUCCCCCCCCCAGCAGCAAGCUCUAUUCCAUAUCGAAUUGAUGUAUUUUACAUAACAAAAGUCUCGUUCAUCGAUACAUACAUUAUUACACAUGAUUUUACAUUGAUUGCUCUGACAACAAUAAUUAUAUAUAUAAUAAAAUAUGGAAACUAUAAUUAUUUUUUUUUUUAUUUUAAA